CUAAGGGAGGGGUUCAGCAGCUGAAACUGCGCAUGCUCCUUGGGAGCCCCGGUGGGGGAGGGACGAUAAAGCUGCUGCUGCCGCCUCCGUGUGAGCCGGCUGCAGAAUGAUGUCCAUGUUUCGCUCCAGCUCAUCCCAACUUCCCAUGACAGAGGGAAGAGAAAUGGCUGCAGUGGAGCCAGCUCAGGGGCUGGUGAUCUUCGAGGAGGUGGCUGUGUAUUUCACCAGGGAAGAGUGGGCUCUGCUUGACCCCACUCAGAGAGCCCUCUACUGGGAUGUCAUGCAGGAGAACUAUGAGAAUGUGACCUCACUGGGGUUUCCAGUUUCCAGACCUCCUAUAAUUUCCCAUCUGGAACAAGGGGAAGAGCCAUGGGUCCCAGACCUCCAGGGUUCAGAGGAAAGAGAGAUCCAGAGAGUUGCCUGCACAGCAGGUGACGCAGUGGUAUGUGAGAAAGAGGAGCAGAAUUGUCAGCAGGAAAAUGUUGAGCAAGUGGCUGAACACAGAGAAUUAUCGCAAAGAUCAAAAAGGAAUGUGUCCAGGAGUCAUGAGCAGGAAAACUCCUGUGAGAUUCAGCGCAGACCAGAAAGAGAGCAAGGAAAGCAGGCAGGGGAGAAAAUGGGUAAAUUUAUUUCCUGUCGGGGAACUCAGAGCAUCAAGGAAACCACAACACAGCAGGAAAUCCUCAUGGGAAAGAGGAAAAAUACAUGCAGUGAGUGUGGAAAAACCUUCACUUACAGCUCAGACCUUUCUCAACAUCAGAGAAUCCACACAGGGGAGAAGCCCUAUGAAUGCCGUGAGUGUGGGAAAAGCUUCACUAGCAGCUCAGGCCUUUGCAAACAUCAGAGAAUCCACACAAGGGAGAGGCUUUUUGAAUGCAGUGAGUGUGGGAAAAGCUUCACUCACAGCUUUCAACUUACUAGGCAUCAGAGAAUCCACACAGGGGAGAGGCCCUAUGAAUGCAGUGAGUGUGGGAAAAGUUUCACUCACAGCUUUUGCCUUUCUCAACAUCAGAGAAUCCACACAGGGGAGAGGCCUUUUGAAUGCAGUGAGUGUGGGAAAAGCUUCACUUCCAAGUCAAGCCUUAUUACCCAUCUCAGAAUCCACACAGGGGAGAGGCCCUAUAAAUGCAGUGAGUGUGGGAAAAGCUUCAGUUCCAAUUCAAACCUUAUUUUGCAUCUCGGAAGACACACAGGGGAGAGGCCCUACAAAUGCAGUUACUGUGGGAAAAGAUUCGCUAGCAGCUCAGGCCUUUGCAAACAUCAGAGAAUCCACACAGGUAUGCGACCCAGUGGAAGCGGUGAGAGUGGGAAAACCUUGUCUUGCCACUGAGCCCAUGUGAGCCAUCAGAGAAUCUGCAAGGGGGAUCAACACCAUAAAACUCCCUAGGGCUAUCAAUACUUUAAUACUUUCCUGAUUCCCACAGAUUAACUUUUAAAAGCUGUUUGAAGCACCGAUAACCCUCACUUUGCCCAGAUGAGUGAGUGACCUGGUUUUGCAUUUUCCAGUUUGACCUCUUUGAGGUGGACUCAUUUGUCCUUUCUAUCAACUCCAUUCUCCCGUGAGUAAUUCUAGUGUGCCCUUCCUAUCAGGAACCAGGGAGCAUCACAUUUAUAACAGUCUUCCUAUUGCCAAGUUAUUGUUAGAGUCACCAGUGAUACAGAUUGUAUCAUUGCCAGUUGUUCUCAUGCUCUGCUGAAGAGCAGUUAUAAUGGGAACUUUUUCAUAUUAAAUUUAAAUGAAGAGGAGCAGGGGCAGGAAAAAAGUGUCAUUUCAGCCUCUGUGGUACUGGAAGGAGAUGUAAAAAGCAACAGAGUCCUGUGGCACCUUAUAAACUAAAAUACGUAUUGGAGCAUAAGCAAUAUACAGAAACCUGUAGAAGAACACUUCAAUCCGCCUGGACACACAAUAGCAGACUUAAAAGUAGCCAUCCUGCAGCAGAAAAUACUUCAGGGCCAGACUUCAAAGAGAAACUGCUGAGCUCCAGUUAAUCUGCAAAUCUGACACCAUCAGCUCAGGAUUAAACAGACUGUGAAUGGCUAGCCAACUACAGAAGCAGUUUCUCCUACCUUGGUGUUCACACCUCAACUGCUUGAAGAGGGCCUCAUCCUCCCUGAUUGAACUAACCUCCUUAUCUCUAGACUGAUUCUUGCCUGCUUAUUUAUACCCGCCUCUGGAAAUUUCCACUACAUACAUCUGACAAAGUGGGGAUUCACCCACGAGAGCUUAUGAGCCAAUAUGGCUGUUAGUCUACAACGUGCCACAGGACUCUGUGUCAUAUGUUACAGAUCCAGAUUAACACAGCUACCCCUCUGAUACUUGGAAGGAGAUGGGGUGACUCAGAGAUUCCCUCCUUCCCCAUCAUGGCAGAACUGUUACCUUUUGUCUGAGCCAGGCAGAGUUUAUCAUCAUCACAUUCUACCCCUCCACUUCUCAAAGUGUCAUGUGAUGAAGUGUUCUCAGUUGUGUGUGCUUGGAGAUGAUGCUUUGACUUAUUUAAUCCUAUACCAGAGUUGCUAUGAUUGGAGAUGAAAGUAUCAAAGACUGAGAAGGGGAAUUCAAAUGGACCCUAAAUGCAGUGUGAUCAUUUCGAGUUUAAAUCUCAGGUUCCAUCUAUUGGUCAAGACAGUUCUGGCAAGGCGGCUGCUUUUUCCCCCAUUAUGGGAAUGCUAGAAUACUAAACAUGUUGUAAAUAACAUAACUGACUGUUGAGACAGUGCUCAAUGAAAUAUGUUUGAAUGGAUCAGAGGAGAAUGUGAUGGGAGAAUCUCUUGUCCUGAUUCUAAAUAAUUAGAUGGAACUUGCUCUGGAAUUUCAAUUUACACUUUCAUUGUCAUGUAUUCUAUCUCUCUGUGAUCUGGGUUUCUAUCUUUCUUGAUGGCUAUGUGGUCACACAAUUAGAUAUUAGUUCGGCUCAGAUUUAUUGGAGAAUUUAAGACAAAUGACCAUUUGCUAAAGUCGUCAUUUCUCACUUCAGCUUUGCUUUUCCCCAUCAUUCCGUGAUGAUAUUGAGAAAGUUCAAGUGCAGUUCUGUCAAUAGGAGAGAACUCUCCAAUUUACUGGCCAUGCUAACAAAGGCACAGCAGUGAUUUAAAGUCUCCACUUGGCCAUGGUGAACAGCAGCAGACCCCCCAGUAACUGAGGGAAGUGCAUAUGAGCACAGCGUAGUUCAAUUGCUUAAAUCAAUAUGGUCUCAGAUGGCUAUGUUGGUAGGCGAAGGCCUCCUGCUGAUGUAGCACUAUCUACACAGGGGAUUAGAGAUGUGUAACUGCGUUGUUCAGCUGUAUCCAUUUUUCACACCUCUGAGCAAUAAUUAUACUGAUAAAUGUCUUUAGUGUAGCCUAGACAGUUUUCUCUUGUGUUUUCUGCAUUUGUAUCACUUCUCCUCUACUUCCUACUACUUUGAAAGAUUUAAAGUAUGAAAAAAGGUAUUUUUUCUCGUGAUGCUAACAUUCCCACAUAGGAGGCCCCUUCCACCAGCACGCAUGGCAGAAGAAUCCGAGAGAUAUGAACUCACAGAAGUGUUGGGACAAAGCACAACUUGAGCCAAGGUUCAGUUGUUGGCAAUGGAGAUUAAAAGAAAACUAACGUGACCAGAAUUUGUGAGCUUUGAAUAUAUUAGUGUUGCUAGUGAAAAUGAAAUUAUAGGUGGUGUUAUUGGUUAGAGUAAGAGACUAAUUGUUUGAUAAUUCUGAAUUAUUUUGGAAAACUGGAAGUUGUCUUGUUUUUUUUCUUUUUUAGUUGUACAGGAAAUGAUGGUUAAUCUUCAAAAGUUAAUUUGAUUUAAUUUCCCCCCUGUAGUGUAAAGAGUUCUGGUAGAAAACCUCACUCCAAAGGUUGAGGUGGGAGAACAGGUGUUAGAGUGUAUAAGAGAAUAUUGGGUCUGUAUAAAUUUUUUUUUUUUAAUUUCAAAUAGAGCAUAUUUUGCUUAGCUUCAAAGUCAAUUUCUAUUAAAAGGAAAACUGCUCGAGGAGACAAUUUGUUUAAGUUUUUACCCACUUACACUGUAAGCAUCGCUGACUUCCCCACUUCUCUAAUUUGCAAAGGAAAGGCCUGACAUCUGUCAUAGGAUGUGUCCAGCAGGUAGGAAAGCUGCAGUUGGCAACCAUCAGUACCAAGAAAAAGACUGAGGUCCAUUGCCUUUCAUAUCUAAAAACCAUCUAGAGGCUAGUCUACACUGAAAAGCUAUGUUGACAUUGCCACAUCUCUCAGGGGUGUGAAAAAUUCACUGCACUGAGAGAAGUAGUUAAUGUGACCUAAGCCCCAGUGUAGAGAGUGUUAUGUUGUCAGAAGAAUAUUUCCAGUGUUUGUAGGGUAGACAUAGCCUCAGUCAGACUGAUCCCCUCUGGGAAGCGAGUCAUGACAUCAAUUCCAGUUUUGACCCAUCUCCUUAUAUGUGAGAAAGCUGUGUUAGUAUGGAGGGCUGAGCCAGCUGUCUGAUCACCUGGUUCAACUGAGGGAAAAGCUCUAAUUACCCAUCAGUCCAAAGACUGAGAGAAAUGUUGAGUUCCAGCCAUUGUCAUUUUAGUAUUUUAUUGUUCCUUUCUCUGUUUUGUAUUGGCCUUUCUCUUCUGUCAGGGUGUGACUGUAUAGCUCAGUGCAUGUGUGAUAAAUGCUCUUUGGUGCCACUUGGCAGAGAGGUCAAAGUAAUUCACAAGAAACUCCUGCCUCAGACCUGACAAACUCACACCUAAUACUCUGAUUUUUAUGAUAUUUAUCCAGGAAGCAUAGCAGUGAGAUCUCUACUGAAAGCUUGUAAAUUAUUGUUACUCCUGAUCACUGCAAGAGGUGUGUCUGAGUCCUAUUGAAGGAGUCCUGUAAGCAUAUGGAAAAUUAUGCCCAUAUGGUAUUGUCAUGAAAGUGAGUCACCCCAAUCAAAGGUCUUGUUGGGAAUGACCCAUUCAAGGGGAGGGAAUUGUCACCCAUCCCUUGCUGGCCAGUUAUGCGAUGUGUUGCUGCAUUGUCAACCUUUGUGCUAGCCCAGAAAAUCCAAUAGAAAACUAUCAGAGACAAAUUAUAGACAUCGAAACCCUGUGGAAGUGUGAAUGACAAUGAGGAAAUGGUCCUUUCUGUGAAUAUACACAAAAGACUGAUUCAUUUUAUAACAGGAUGGAGAGAAACACUCUAGGUCCAUUCACCAAGGAGAUCGCUAAUGACCAGUGGUGCUUCAAGAAAGGCAGGGCCCUGGCUCCUAGGGACUAGCAAUCACUGCACUAGACUGUCGCCUCAGACUUCAAUCUACUUAGGUAGGAGAAGUAACUAUUAAAAAGUGUAGGUUGCAUUUUGUGAUUUUGUUUUGUUGGUAACAGUUGGUUUCCAUCAUUCACAUUUGUUUGUUUAAAUCUCUGUCCCUUGUUAAAGAAAUUUCCCUUUGUUCACUAACUGUGCUCAAGUGCUGUGUGUGAUCCAUUAGCAGUGGGCUACAGUAAAACUGGUAACCUGGGAUGUGCCAUUGCUUCGGUCAGAGAGGAUCUGGGAUUUUUCUGAGCCAUGGUCUACUCUAGGGGAGGGAAUCAAUCUAAGUUACGCAACUUCAACUACAUGAAUAACGUAGCUGAAGUUGAUGUACUUAGAUCGACUUACCGUGGUGUCUUCAUCACGGUGAGUCGACUGCUGCAGCUCCCCAGUAGACUAUGCCUGCGCCUCUCACCGAGCUGGAGUACAAUGGUCGACAGAAGAGUACUCGUAUCGAUUUAUUGCAUCUACACUAGAGGUGAUAUAUAUUGACCCCCCGCUGGAUCAAUCACUGCCCGCCAAUUCAACAGCUAGUAUAGACAUACCCCGAGUAUCUGGUGAUUGGAGCUGGACCCCGGAGGGGGACACAUUGAAGGAACUCAGGGGUUAAGGUGCCUUUAUUGCCAACUGUCAAGGUUGCUGUAGCUCAGAGGAGGGUGCUUGACUGCCUGACGGGCUGGUGAGUUUGGUCACUAACAUCCAGCUGCCAAAUGCAAAAGUCCAUUUUGGGAGGGUUUGGGUCCAGAGUGACCUAGACAAAUUGGAGGAUUGGGCCAAAAGAAAUCUGAUGAGGUUCAACAAGGACAAGUGCAGAGUCCUGCACUUAGGAUGGAAGAGUCCCAUGCACCACUACAGGCUGCGGACAGACUGGCUAAGUGGCAGUUCUGCAGAAAAGGACCUGGGGAUUACAGUAGACAAGAAGCUGGAUAUGAGUCAAUAAUGUGCCCUUAUUGCCAGGAAGGUUAACAGCGUAUUGGGCAGCAUUAGUAGGAAUGUUGCCAGCAGAUUGAGGGAAGUGAUUAUUCCCUUCUAUUUGGCACUGAUGUGGCCACAUCUGGAGUACUGCAUCCAGUUUUGGGCCCCCUGCUACAGAAAGGAUGUGGACAAAUUGGAGAGUAUUCAGCAGAGGGCAAGAAAAAUUAUUAGGACACCUAGGCAUAUGAUUUAUGAAGAGAAGGUGAGGGAACUGGAGUUACUUAGUCUGCAGAAGAGAAGAGUGAGGGGGGGAUUUGAUAGCAGUCUUCAACUACCUGAAGGGGGGUUCCAAAGAGGAUGGAGCUCAGCUGUUCUCAGUGGUGGCAGAUGACAGAACAAGGAACAAUGGUCUCAAGUUGCAGUGGAGUAGGUCUUGGUUGGAUAUUUGGAAAAACUUUUUCACUUGCAGGGUGGUGAAGCACUGGAAGGGGUUCCCUAGGGAGGUGGUACAAUUGCCAUCCUUAGAGGUGUGUAAGGCCCGGCUUGACAGAGGGGGCUGCAUUCCUGUGCCAAACAAUCACUUGAAGGAGGCAGACAAAGGCCUUUAAGUUGAGGUGUCCAUCACUGUCAAAAUAUCCUCUCCCUCCUUCAGGUCACUGGCAGCCUGAAUUUCUUCCUCACCCUACCAGAGUCUUGUCUGGACUCAGCACUAUCCAGCCCCUCUGUAUGUAGUGGGCAAAACCCACAAACCUUGUCUUUAAAACAAGCUGUCCCCUUCCUUCUGAGGGAAGAUUUUUCUAUGAUUGAAGUUGAGCUUCAGGUCCCCUCUCCUAGGGGCAGGCUGGGUGUGGGGCCAGCUCCCAAUGAGAUCUGUUUUCACCUUUGCUCCCUAACUCAGCUUCCAACCCAUCCACCGUACUUACUAGCUCCAUGGUCAUGUGUCACCCCCUUUGCCAGCACACGUAGCCUGCAGGAAAGCUGCCCCUGCCAGCUGUGGUGGUGGUAUAGUGGUGAGCAGAGCUGCCUUCCAAACAGUUUAUCUGGUUUCACUUCCCAGCCAAUGCAGUAACGGCUUUUCUCUUUUGUUGGUUCCUUGUCUAGAAGUGGUUUAAUUUCAGUCACAUUAUGUUCCAAUCACAUUAUCAAUAGAAUGAGACAAUAAAUGUGUCAACGCCCAGCAGGUCACACAGGAGGGAGGAAUACAAGGGGCUGGAAUGUGUCAUCUGAGAAAACAGAACACUUGGAAACCUGCAUCUCCCGUCCCCUGGCCUUCCGUGUUAUGAUUCCAGCUGUGUGCGAUGUUUGUAUCAUGUUCCUGCAUGAUGGGGAAAUAAAGUUUUGAGUCAGUUUUUGCUCCCA